CUCAGACGGCAAAAUUACACAGAUGGAGUCCAAGAACACGGUCUCUGUGGGAAUAAAUAGCACACGACACGGCUGGUAGAGCCAGAACACAAAAACACGCUCUGAUGUCCGAGGUUCAUGUCAGCUCAGCAUCUGAACCCUGGACCAAAGCCACGAGCUUCAGUGCAAUCCUGUGGCACACGCAUUACUGCGGUGGGUCCGUAUGUGAGGAAACGUCCAGGUGAUGAAAACACAGGAGCGUCAGAUGCUGCUCUGCCCUAAACAUCAUUACUGGAAGAACGUCUGUAAUUAAAGUCUUUAUAUGAAGCGUUUAUAUGAAGCCGGUUUCCUCCGCUGACGAGCCGCUCACACGCAACCACGAUAUUUGAAGUUUGUGGAGUUUGUGAUCAGGUGGACGGCGCCACCUGGAUUCUCGCCUGCUACUGCAUCAGUGUGUGUGUGUGUGUGUGUGUGUGUGUGCACGUUUUUGUGAUUUAUGAGGACACAAAUUUGUAUAAUGACAAGGGUAUUACACUGGUAUUGCGACGUAAACAUGAAAUAUGAGGACAUUUCAUGAGUACUCAUAUUUAAAAUAGCUUUAAAAACACACUAAACAAUGUUUUGUUAAAAAUGUAAAAAUGCAGACAGUUUCUUGUGAUGGGUAGGUUUAGGGGUAGGGGUAGUGUAGGGGAGAGAAUGUACAGUUUGUACAGUAUAAAAACCAUUACACCUAUGGAAUGUCCCCACUAAGAUAGCAAAACAAACCCGUGUGUGUGUGCGCGCGCGCGCGCGUGUGUGUGUGUGUGUGUGUGUGUGGAUAUUCGAUUCCUCGUCCAAUCAUGAUGUCCGGCCAUUGUGAUGUCACCGUUAUAAAUGAUGUGAGUGACACAGAGACACACAGUCACAGAUCAACUAAACACGGAGACAAACAUGAAGAGCCUGACGCUCCUGAUCUUCUGCUGCAUGACGGCUGCGUGUCUGAGCGCAGGUAUUCCUGAUUCCUCAGACACUAAAUCAGUGAGUCCUGCAGAAGCUCCCAGUGAUGAUGGACUGUUUGUGAAGCGUGACGAGGCCUCAACUCUGGUGAGACAGAAGAGAGCUGGAGUGGCUGCUGCAGACCUGAGUGUGGCUCAGCUGGAGAGUCUCAGGGAAGUGUGUGAAGCAAACUUGGCCUGUGAGGACAUGAUGGACACGUCCGGCAUUAUCGCGGCCUACACUGCGUACUACGGGCCCAUUCCCUUCUAGAGACCCACCGCAACAACACUGUCCCACAUCACAGCGCAUGAUGAGCAUCUGUCAAAAACCAUAAAAAAACAUAACCAGAGGAGACAUGCAAGAUAAUAAUAAAGAAAGAAAGAAAACACUACAAUGUUGUCUGCAGCUUCUGUUCAGUUUUUGUUUGGGAUGGUUUACAGUUUGUUUCUCAGUUGAUAACAAGCAUCGGUCAAAACUGAAGCCACAUGUUCAAAACUCUUCACACAUUCAGUCAAACAGAAGUCUGUGUCAUUGCUUUCACACAAAAUGCAUUCAAUGAGCACAUUUUCCAAAUUUUCACGUUUUUGUUGUUUACAUGGAGACGGUAAAGGCAUCGUUUUCAAAACCUCGCACUUUGAAAUCUGUUCUCAAAAGUUUGUGUUUUCAGGCCCCCAAAACUUUGUUGUCAUGUAAACGAACGGCAGUUGUAAACUGUGUUGUGUAAACAUAUCCUAAUGCAGUUGAACUUAGCUUAAAAAGCAGCAAAGAAGCUUGUUGUUUGAGCAUGUGGAGUCCAUCUGUGAUGCAGUUGAUUGUACUGCUUGCUGUUGAACUCAACCCAAUCUUUAAUUCUCAGACCUAUCUCUCUCGAGUUAUUACAGGAACAGACCCAAAUUCAUACUUUUAUUUAGGGAUAUUUAUCUCCUUCCUCACUACUGAUCAUAAAAAAACAGCCAGAAAACAGUCAGGCUGUUUGAUGCUAAUGUCUUAGUGAAAAAAAAAGUUGAAUAUCACCAUUAUGUUGAUCAGUGUUUGCUUUAGUUGGGCUCUUGACCCUUGACUUUUUAGCAUAGGUUUUUCUUUUGCUGCUUUAACUGUGUGUCUCUUUAUGACAUUAUGUUGGUCACGUAUUAAUGAUGGUAUAGUCAUCAUGUAGUGGCCUGAUUCGCUGAUCUCAUCUCAGAGUCAAAUCUCUGAGUAUAUUAGCUGUUAAUUUCACAUGAUUUACAAUACAGGGAAAAAUCUAAGAUAACGAUAGUAAAUUAUGGAGUGCCGCAAGGAUCUGUGUUAGGCCCUCUGCUAUUUUCAAUAUAUUUGCUGCCACUUGGUAAUAUUAUAAGAAGACAUGGAAUUAGUUUCCACUGCUAUGCCGAUGAUACUCAGUUAUAUAUUUCAUCACAACCAGAUAAAAUCUCUAAAUUAUCCAAAUUGACAGAGUGUGUUAAAGAAGUAAAACAUUGGAUGACCAGUAAUUUUCUUCUAUUAAAUUCAGAUAAGACUGAAGUAUUACUUAUUGGACCAAAAAUCUUAGAACACAAUCUGCAUUUAGAAGGAUGUUCUGUUACUCCAUCCUCAACAGUUAAAGACCUGGGUGUUAUAUUAGACAGCAACUUGUCCUUUGAAAAUCAUAUUUCACAUGUUACAAAAACAGCCUUCUUCCACCUCAGAAACAUUGCUAAGAUACGGAAUAUGUUAUCUGUUUCUGAUGCAGAAAAGUUAGUUCAUGCUUUCAUGACGUCUAGACUAGAUUACUGUAAUGCAUUACUAGCUGGUUGCCCUGCUUCCUCAAUAAACAAGCUACAAUUGGUACAAAAUGCAGCUGCUAGAGUUCUUACCAGGUCAAGAAAAUAUGAUCAUAUAACACUAAUUUUAUCAUCUCUUCACUGGUUACCUAUUAAGUUCCUAAUCGAUUAUAAAGUAUUGCUACUGACCUAUAAGGCCCUAAAUGGUUUAGCUCCUGUGUACUUAACCGAUCUUCUAUCGCCCUACAAUCCUUCACGCUCUUUAAGAUCACAAAACUCUGGACUUCUGGUUGUACCUAGGAUAGCUAAGUCCACUAAAGGAGGGAGAGCGUUUUCACAUUUGGCUCCUAAACUCUGGAAUAGCCUUCCUGAUAAUGUUCGGGGCUCAGACUCGCUCACCCAGUUUAAAUCUAGAUUAAAGACGCAUUUCUUUAGCCAAACGUUCACAUAAUACAUUUCAUAUCAGAUCAAUUGCACAUGACUAUCUUUGCUUAAUGUUUACUGUUUUAUCUCGGGACGUGUGUCCCGAGGCGACUAGAGAGUCCAUCAGCUUCAGUUUGGAUCCAGGCUCUUAUGAAGACUUCAGAUGACCAACACCCAUGAAGAGAUGACCCCAACCUCUGCGAGGACUUCAGAUGACGCAAACUCUGGAUCAACAUGCACCAUUCCAAAUAUUGCUAUAUAUCCUAAUCAUUUUUAACACAUAUUAAUUACUUUAAUGAGCUGAUUGUUUCUACAUCAAAUUAACACAUUGUUUAAAUUAAUACAUUGUUAGCUAACUGCAUGAUCUGUACAUGUACAUUUCUGAAAUUAUAUAAUUUGGACACAGUCACCUCUGAUAACAGAUUACACUAAAUUGUAAUGUUGACAUGCAUUUCCUGUAAAGCUGCUUUGAAACAAUAUGUAUCGUGAAAAGCGCUAUACAAAUAAAUGAAAAAAAAAAAAAAUAAUCAGGCCACUACAUGAUAACCAUACCAUCACUAAGUGUCCAAUAUCUUCUGAUCAGAUUUUCUCAUGUAUGUUUUGCUAUAACAAAUGUGUAUCAGAAACACAAAGUUAAAGCAGCAAGAGAAAA